GUACAACUUAAUAUACACAUUAAAGGGCUACUACCUAUUACCAUAGGUAUAAGGAAUUUAGUACACAGCCUAUAACACAAUACUUUUGAACAUUUGAACCUCUGAGCUGAGGGGUGGAGCAAAGGAAAUGAAGAAACAGAAAACAAAACUUAAACCCCCGACUGGAGCGAAAACAAAAGAUUUUCCCCCUUGCCUUCUCCACUCAGUUUGACAAGUUUCAACAGAGUUUACCAUCUGCAGAUUACUGUGAAAUUGGCUACGAUGGACACCAGGGAACACUUGCAGAAGCUCCAGUGGGAGUAUAAAGUGGACACACUCAACUACAUUCAGACAGUGAGGGACUUCUGUGACAAACUACAAAAAUGGACCCUUGAGAGAGAGAAAGAGCUGAAGAUGAUGGGAGUCAUCAAGGACAAAGAGCUGGAGAAGUACCUGGGUCCUGUCCUGAAGAACACACUGCAAGGGCUGAAGAAACUUUACGUCUUCCUGGAUGCAGUGGAGAAGCUCGCGGUCACCUCACCGUUUGUCUUCACUGGACAGAGCUACUGGCCUGAGGACGAGAGAAUUGGAAGUGUGCGAUCAAGCAUCGUAGCUGCAAGAAUGACCGCUCCUCUCCUCAUCCACUUUAAACGAAAUGCAGAAACCUUCUUCGUUCCUUCACUCAGUAACUUGGCCGUCCUGUCCUUUCAAUUAGACAAAUACAUACGAAUCACAAAACAGAUUUGUGAGAGAAUGGAGAAAAGAUGCAUGAAGGCUCGGCCUGUAGUGAAGUUCAGUUUGAACUUAAGCGAGGACUCCAUGCAAAAAAUGCUUGAUCAUUUGAAGCAGUUAUCCGAAAUCAUGAUGGACCAGCACACAAGGCUGGCUUUAAUAUUUCAGGAAUUGAAGGCUCAGGAAUUCAUUGGUUUAUUCAGUCAGUGUCGCUCCAGACUGGAGAAGCAUCUGUCAGAUCUGGAAGAGAGUGCAGUUCAGCUGGACAGGAUGAAGAUGGGGGCCAGUAUCUCCACUGUGGCUGGCAGUUCGGUUGGGAUAGUAGCGGGUGGUUUGUCCAUUGCUGGUCUUGCUCUGGCCCCUGUCACUGCAGGAGUGUCACUGGGUCUCACUGUAGCAGGUCUCGGUCUGGGGGUAACCACUGGGGCCAAUAGUUUGGUCACAGGCGUCACUGAAAUAGGAGUCAACCACUGGCAUGGGAAAAAAGCCCAGGAUAUUUUCAAACAAUAUAUGAAGGAUGUGGAGAAGAUUCUGAGCUGUCUGGAGCAGGCCAGUAAACAGGAGCGUGGAAAGGGCCCUGCUGGGUUUAAUAUCAAUACAGCUGGGAAACUGGCAGUUCCUGCUGUGUCAUUGGUCAAAGGUAUUGAUGCUCUGGUAGAUGGAGCUUCAGCUGUUAAAGUCCUCAAAACUGAGGAGGUGAUUGCGGCUGCAACCAAGGCUGGGCUCCAGGGGACAAAAGGUGCUCGUAACGUUCCCAAACUGGCUGCAGACCUUCCCGACAUUGGGAAGCUGGCAAAAGGGACGCCACUAGCUCUUUCAAAGUCUGCUAGAGCUGGAUUCAUCGGUCUAAAUGCCCUCUUUAUUGGCUUAGAUAUCUUUUUUAUUUGCAAAGAGAGUAUAAGUCUGGCCAAAGGCAGCAAGAGUGAAACCUCUCAGCUCAUCCGCUCACGAGCAGCUCUGUGGAGAUCUGAGCUGGAGGACUGGAAGAAGAUCCACGAUUCCUUACGCAUAGGGAUAACGAGGGUCAGGAAGAGUCAGGAAGUGUUGGAGCAACCUUUCCUUCCUUUAAAUGGGUAUUCGGUAACUCCAGCCACUUAUUUGCUGAUUUUCACUUUUCUCGUCGCAUGUUUUCUCUGUUUUCUUAUUCUUAUCUUAGUUUAAUCUACCCCCAAAAGGAACUGUGAUAAAGUUUCUCUUAUAAUUGUGCAGACAAAGCUCACGUUGCAGUCUUUUCUAAUGUAGACAGGAUACAUUAUUGGUUACAAUCAAUGUUUUACAUGUUAUUAUGGAACAUUUAUAAAUCAUAACGGAGUCGACCAAAGUUUAACCAAUUUAUUGACACAGAAACGCUGUACUUUAGCUCUCGCCAUUCCGUAAACGCACGACCAAUAUUUAUUCUUGUGCUGUCCCUCACUCGGUCAACAGCUUUAUUCCUCUCCCUCACCUCCUUCUCCGCCGAGUACCGUCUCAUUUUUCUUUACACUGGGGCUUGUAAAGCAUUAUCCAUCAUUGCGUGUUGGUUCUUUUAGCUAGUAUAGAGCUGGUAAGUCCUGCCCACCCGUAAAACUCAGAGUGGACCUAUAGAUUAAAAAAGAGUCAAUGCAAAUGAAUGAGAGAAAACAAUUAUUUUCUGAUCCCGUUUGAAUUGUGCCAUGAAUGUGACAUAUGUUGUCUGUGAAUUUUUUAUAUAAUUUCUCAUGUAACGAGUUUGACAGUAUAUUGUAUGGUUCUUUGGCUAGCAUUUUUCCCUCCACAAAUGCUAAGAGCUAAGAUGAGCCGUAAUUUAGACUCUUAUUCUGUCCUGGAACACUAAUCAGUUUAUCAACUUAACAACUACUUCUUUUUUCAAGCUUUCUGCUUUGCUAAUUGAUAAAACAGAAAUAUAAAAUAAAAAUAUCUUACUAAUGUUUUAUUACUUACUUAUGUUUUUUCAUUUGCUUAUGUUUUAUCACCUAAUCAUUUGGAUGUUAAAUAGCAUUUAAUCAAAUGUGAUCACAUUUUAAAAAAUCAUUACUAUAAUUUAAAUGUUUAUUAUCAUGUGACAUGUUUAAUACUUUACUUGUAUUAAUCUUGAUGCCUCAAAUAGCUGAUUGACUUAGUGUUAACUUUUGUACUUGUUUAGAUGAGGGCAAAAGUCUUUAAGUUCCCGAUAGAUCGAUGACCAAUGCUUGAAUGCCUCAGAAUAAAGUGGUAAAGUGGUAUAUUAUAUAUAUAUAUAUAUUAUAUAUUAGCAGAACAUCUCGCAGAAGGGAUUUGUGCAGCAGUUCUGUCUUGUGUAUCAUGUUCAGAUUAACAACUUUCUGACACAUUGGGGUACAAGACAAUAUGUGUACGGCCCUUUCCAUGGUGUGAAACCACAAAAGAAAUAAAUGUCUUUGUCUUUUGAGUCUUCUCGAAUGAGAUGGGAAAGAGAGAAUAUUUUCUGAACGGGUCAGUCUUUCCACAACUUGACUUAUCAAAGAGAGAUCUCUCAAACAACCUGACUUAUCUUGUUAAGUAAUUGUUAAGUAAUUGACUUGUUAAGUUUUAAAAAACAUAUUAAAAGAAUGUCUAACUCUAUUAAAUAUAAUAUUUCUAUUUUUAAAAAUAUUAGGAAUAGUUUGGCAAUUGAGGCAGCUUUCAUGUAUUUCAAUGCCAUGAUUUCUUCACAUCACUUAUUGUUUGUCCUGUUGGUCUCAGGCCAACGAGACCACAAUUAAACCACUCAGAUCAGUCUAUAAUCAGGCGUUAAAGGUGCUUGACAGAAAAGCCCAGCGCUAUCAUCAUUGCAAUAUUUUACGUAAAUACAAAGUACUAAGUUUUGAUUCCCUAAUUUUAUUUACAAAUUUAAGAACUGUUUUUAAAAUUGUUAAUAACCUUGAUCCCUCAAUGAAAAAAUUCAUAAAACUUUAUUCGGAACAAACAAACCGAACAUCUCGAUCAACGGUUCACAAUAAUUUGGCUAUCCCGAAAAGAUCCUCCGCCUUUGCACAGACAGCUUAUACAUUUAAAGUCAUAAAACAAUGGAAUCAACUCCCCAACAGUAUAGAUGUGAACCAUUUUUCUCAAAACUUAAAGAAAUACAUUCUUGAGAACCAGCUGUGUCAGCAUCCGUGCAUUUAAUGUAUAUAUUAUGGGUAGAGAUGGUCUUUUGAAUAUGUUCUCUCAUCUUGUACAUCUGAUUGUUUUUAUGUGACCUUCAUAGACUAAUAUUUUGUGUAGCUUAUGAUAGUUGUUUUGUAAUGUAAUGUUUUAUAAAUUGUGUGCACCUGCCCGUGGGCUGCGGAUGAAAAUUAGCUUCGGCUAACUCUGGCACAAAACAUCUCUUCGUAAGACAAAUGUAUUUUAUGCAUUGUCCCUGAUAAAUGAAUAAAGGGAAAAAAAUCUUUAGGCAAGAAUAUUAUACUCAGAGUGUGUUAAUUAUAAAUUACUUACUUGAUUUGAAGUGAUUUUAAUUGUUAAUCUUUUGAUCCUGAUUAUGGAUAAAUUACUUUCAUUCUUCAUAUUAUUGGAUUGUCUGUUUGAUUGUUAUAAGAAGUAACAUUUGACUUGAUCAUCUGACUGGAUCUCCACCAUGCAUCACUGAUAAUUCAUGUUAGCAAAAUAAAAGCAUUAAUUAAAUCUGCUUGAUUCAUUGCACAUGGCAAAAGAAUGUUUGGAGAGUUGAAAAUCAUUAAAGGGUGGAAGUCUAAGCUGAAAACUGUAUUCUAUAUACACAUGUGUACAUCACUGUCAAAUCUAAUAUAACUGAUUAAAAAAAAUACUUACA